CGCGCCACUAGUCGCUCAAGCGGGCACCAGUCACCAUGCCACCCUUCGCGUCCAAGCCUGUCAACCCCUCCUCCUUCACCGUCUCGCUCCGCCGCCAGCCCUUCCUCUUCUUCGGCCUGCCCUUCCUCGCGACGACCGUAUGCGCCUCGUUCGCGCUGUCGCACUUCACCCAGACCCGGUACGACUACCGCGACACCAAGGUGCAGAGCGUCAGCAAGGAGGAGGAGCUCGGCAUGCGCAAGGACCGGCGCAGGAUCGACGUGCGCGAGGAGUACUACCGCAUGCGCGCGACGGGCGACAUUGGCGAGUCGGACGACUACGAGAACGUGCGGGUCGGGCGGCUGCCAGGCCAGGCAGAAUGGGGCGAGCUACCCGUCGCCAAGAAGGACUGAGUUCCUGCUCUCGGCUCGCUUCUUGUGGUCGUCGUGCGACGUCCGACGGCGUGUAGUCUUGUGUGUACUCUAUGCAUCGCAGUGCCCCCUUGUCCUCCC